AUGACCACUCGGCAAACUCGGACCCGUUGCACCCUCGCCCGCGAGUAUGCCGCCGAUGCUACCGAUGCCCUUGCCUCGCUGCGUGGCCUUGCGUCGGCGCUGGCGGGCGUCCAGGCCGCUGCCAACAUAGUCGACGCCGCUGUCGCCUCGCGCCCCACGACGCUGGAGCGCAAGGUCGAGCUUGUUGUCGCCCGGCGACUCCUCGACGCUGACAUCAAGAUCACGGCUGAGCUUGGAACCUACGCCGCCUCGCGUCGGACGUUGACCGACGUCAGCGACUCGCUGGCAACAGUGCACGACGUGCUCCGCUUUGUAGCCGAGGACUCGUCGGCGUGGGACUCGCGCCACAAGCCCAGGACCAAGCCGCGCCGCACUACCCUCAAUCUCAAGACAACACGCCGCGAUGCCACCGCCAACUCGCUCGAUGCUGUCCUCCGUGAGACGGUCGACGGCCUCUACGCCAAGGACGCCCGCAUGUCCAGCCUCGUUGAUCGCAUCACCUACGUCCGCUCAGGCCACGCCGAGCUCCCACCGCUCUUUACUCCGCUUGUCAAUUACGCGCACGCCUCGGAGCUCGACCUGGGCAGCAUCCUCGCCCCCCCGCCAGUGCCCGCCGGCGCCGACGCCGACGCCGACCCUACCCUGCACACCCUCUCGUGGGAACUUUAUCGCCUCCUCGACCCAUCUGCGCUGCCGGAUUCGGCCGAGGGUGGAUACCGUGAUCUCGACCUUGACAAGCUGGCCAAGGACUCGCGGUCUGACUCCUCGUCGGACGACGGAGUCGAGUCGUCGUCGUCAUCAUCGUCGUCGUCGUCGUCGGACGAUGGGCCGAGAGAAACGGUCAUGCUCCCUGCUGUCCCAUUCGGUGCCGCCCGGGUCCGCUUUGUGGAUGCCGACGAGCUCACACCCAAGCCACACAACUCCCACUCCCACAGCCUGCGUUCCAUCCUCAAGUCGACUGCGUCUACUGCAGAUGUCGACGUCGACGACAGGAGCAGCGAGUCCAGCGGCUCGCCGCCGGUUGGCUCGCCCGAGUUCUGGAAGGAGCGCUCGCGCCAGGUCUCGGCCUCCAGCCUCGCUCCCGGCCUCGUUGCGGUUCGUCGCCCAAAGCCGCAGAGCAGGGCGUCGGGCACAGGCACAGCAACAGGCACAGCUACCGAGUCGGCGUACACCGUCUCGCUCUCCGACGACGACCACACCGCGCCUGCAUCACACGCGCGCUCGUCGAGCUGCUCGUCAGAUCUCGGGCUUCUCGGCGCCGCCUCGUCGUCCGAGUCCUACGCCUGCUCAUCGUACUCGGUCUCGUCCGAGCUCCCGCCAGGCUCGCCGCCGAAGCCGCCCAAGACGCGGGCAAAGGUCCGGCGCAAGGUCCGCGUCCGACCCAAGCUCACCGCCGCAAAGAACUGA